CAACAUUGUGGCUUCUCUAUUUCUUUGAGUCGCGAUAAUUCUUCUUCCACAUCGAUAACAGUUGUUGCUUUGUCACAAUAUGUAUAACGGAAUAGGGUUACAAACUCCAAGAGGGUCUGGUACCAAUGGCUACAUUCAGAGCAACAAGUUCUUCGUCAAGCCGAGAACUUCCAAGGUUGCUGAGAAUAUGAAGGGCUUUGAAGGAGAUCAGGGUACUGCUGGUGUUUCCAGAAAGGCUAACAAAGAGAUUCUUGAGCAUGAUCGUAAGCGUCAGAUUCAGCUCAAACUUGUUAUUCUUGAAGACAAGUUAAUUGAUCAGGGUUAUACUGAUGCUGAGAUCGCUGAGAAACUCGAGGAGGCUCGCAAUAGCUUGGAGGCUGCAGCUGACGAAAAUGAUUCUAAUUUGGACAAGGUUUCUGAUACACAGACUCAUCAAAUUGCUGCUAGAAAGGAUAGGCAGAUGGAAACAUUGAAAGCUGCUCUUGGCAUAGUUUCAUCUGAAGCUAAUGAAUUAAAUGCAGAAGGGAAUGAUGAGGGGCCUGACAAUGAAGGGAAAGAUGUUUCUUUUGCUGAUGCAAAACAUAUUCUGAAACCUGAACAUUCCUUUUUGGACAGAGAUUUCAGUCGGAAGAAACAACUGGAGGUAAUUCAAAAAGAAGAAACUACUAAGAAAAAGGGUGUUAAAGACACAAAGCACCACAAGAAGGGUGGGACUCUCAAGAAAAAGUACAAGGAUGAUUCAUCCGAUUCAGAUAGCAGUACGGAUGAUGAGAAGACAGGUAGAAGGAAGCACAGUAGGGUUGAUACUGACAGUAGUGAUCGAUCUGAUUCUGAUAGUGAUGCUAAGAGGAAGGUCAAGGCCAAAAAGAAGCAAAAGACAUCUAAGCACCACAAGAAAGGCAGGGUGGAGGACAGUGAUGAUACUAAUUUUAGUUCUGAUACUGAUCAUCAUGAAGUCUUAUCUAGGCAUAAGACUAAAGAAGUGGAGGGACAUAUGAAGAUAAGCAAACGUUAUGAUUCCGAAGAGGAAUCUGAUGUUUAUAGUGAGGAAGAGAAACAUGGUAGACUUGAGAAGAAGAAAACGAGAAGGUAUGGUUCUAUUAAUGAGGACUCUGGUAGAGUCGGUGUUAAGCAUGCUUCAGGACAAGACAAACGUGUUAAAAGGCGAUCAUACUCUUCCUCUGAUGAGAGUCGCAGUGAUAGUGAUUCGGGCAGCAGUGAUAGUGAUCGCAGGUAUGAAAGAACUAGAAAAAGUGGGGUUGUAGCAAAGAGAGGUCCACCAAAGGAGCAAAUAAAUGUCAGAGGUAAUGCUGCAGAAAAAGAGAAAAAUAGUGCUAAUGUUGAUGGAUUGGAUUCUUUAAGAAAAUCUUAUAGGAGAGAUUAUAAAGAGGGUUCAAAUUCUAGAAGUCAGGCAAUGGCAAAGGGUGACAAGAUUGAUGAAGACAGAGAUAGGGAGACUGUCAAAUUGGCUAAGCAUGGUGGAGAGGAUAGGAAGUUUGGUAAAACAGAGUCUGAGUCAAAAUCUCGAAUUUAUCAAAAUGAAAAUCAAGAAAGAGAUGAUUAUUCUAAGUCAGCUAGGCUCGGAGGGAAUGAUAAUGAAACUGAGCGGAGAGGCAGAAAUUAUAACAGGGAUGUUGAAUCACAAUCUGUUGGACGAAUUGAUCGGAAUAGGGAGGAUUAUGACACAAGAACAAAAGGAAGAAAUGAUAAUGAUUAUAAAAAGGAUCAAGAUGACCAUGGAGAAAAAAAACAUGGAAGGAAUGAAUAUGACCGCACAGGAAGAAAGCAGUUAAGGGAUGAGGAUGGUUCAAAAGAUCGAGUGCUUAAAAGGGAUGGGGAAGACCAUCCUGAGAAAAAGAGCUUAAGAGAUGAGGAUGGUCGUGGAGAGAGAAAACAUGGAAAGGAUGAAGAUUAUCCUACAGGAAGAAAGCACUUGAGGGAUGAGGAUGAUCAUGGAGAAAGAAAGAUUAGAAGGAUUGAGGAUGAACGUACAGGAAGAAAGACCUUGAGGGAUGAAGUAGAUUAUGGAGAAAGAAAGACCUCAAGGGAUGAGGAUGGUCGUGGAGAGAAAAGGAGCUCUAGAGAUGGGGAGGAUCAUAGAGAAACAAAGAUCAGAAGGAUUGAGGAUGAUCGCACGGGAAGAAACACCUUGAGGAAUGAAGAUGAUUAUGAAGAAAGAAAGCACUUAAGGGAUGAGGGUCGUCAUAGAGAAGCACAAAGCAAAAGGGAUGAGGAUGAUCGCAAAGAAAGAAAGAACUCGAGGGAUGAGGAUGAUCGCAGAGAAAGAAAGAACUCGAGGGAUGAGGAUGAUCGCAGAGAAAGAAAGAACUCAAGGGAUGAGGAUGAUCGCAAAGAAAGAAAGAACUCAAGGGAUGAGGAUGAUCGCAAAGAAAGAAAGAGCUCAAGGGAUGAGGAUGUUCGUGGGGAAAGAAAGCACAGAGGGGAUGAUGAUUAUCCUGGAGAAAGAAAGCGCAGAAGGGAUGAUGAUGAUCAUGGAGAAAGAAGGCAUUAUCGAAGGGAUGAUGAUGAUCGUGGAGAAAGAAGGCACAGAAGGGAGUAGGAAGAUGGAUAGCCAUGAGGGUUACUCCGAGAAAACCAAAUACUAUGUUUCUAGUUCAAGGGAGAGGCAUGGAAACCGAAUACUGCAGUCCAUGGAUUCAGAAUGCUUCUUUACUACUUUAUUAGCCUUUGAAUGUGGACCUGAGUAUUAUUUGUUGUCUUACGUUUCUGUUGCUUAAAGCAUGUAAUUUUUUUAGUGUGUUUGAACUAUUUAUUAUUCAUGUUUUGCCCAGAUUUCAAGUUGAGUUCCAUCCAACUAGUCAA